AUGAUCUCAAGAUCUUCCUUGACCGACGACGUGAGAGCUGCUACAGAAGCUGCAGCCCGUGCACAACAUAUGAAUACCAUCAUGCCUGGUACAGACCCAAAUGACAAACCUCUCGUGUCUGGUAGUGGCGUGAAUGUCUCCAUCAAUCUGGCCGAGCCAGCUUUGUUCUUGCAAGGCUUCGAGCAAAAUGACAUGGCUAGCGGUAACACGGCUAUGCUAAGAGGAACGCUUCACCUGCGUGUGACAAAAGCUGCCAAAAUUAAGGCAGUCACUCUCAAAUUCAAAGGCCGAGCAACGACCAAAUGGCCCGAAGGCAUUCCUCCGCGCAAAGUUGACUUCGAAGAGGUUGAUAACAUCAUGAGCCAUACGUGGCCAUUCUUCAAUGCUCAAUUUCCUACAGCCGAGGCAGGACCUUGUGCAGAUCAUGUUGAGCUCUUCAAGUCCGGUGGCGCAUCGUCCACCACUUCCUCCUCGUCUUUUGGUAUUGGCAAGUCCCCGAACAUCUCGACUACUAAUCUCACCACAAAAGACCAACGAAGGCUGUCAUUGCAAGUCAACCAGUCGCGCAGUUUUGGCAAGGGUGAAUCGUCAACUGGUGGUCCCUCGGUCGCACAAAAAGGCUACCGUACCUUCAACCCCGGAGAUUACGUAUACAACUUUGAGCUCCCACUCGACAGCAGACUUCCUGAAACCAUCGACGUGGAUCUCGGUUCCGUCAAAUACGAGCUCGAGGCCGUCGUGGAACGUGCCGGUGCUUUCAGAGCGAAUCUUGUCGGAGUUCGCGAGGUGUCUUUGAUCAGAGCUCCCGCCGAGGGUUCCCUUGAACAGGUCGAGCCAAUCGCCAUCAGCAGAAACUGGGAAGACCAGCUUCACUACGAUAUUGUCAUUUCUGGAAAAUCUUUCCCUUUGGGGUCACAGGUCCCAAUUGCUUUCAAGUUGACUCCGCUGGCUAAAGUGCAAUGUCAUCGCAUCAAAGUACUGGUAACGGAGAACAUCGAGUAUUUCUGCAGCAACAAGCGCGUUCACCGCAUGGAGCCUACGAGGAAGGUACAGCUAUUCGAAAAGCGAGCAGACACCCCACCAACCAGCACCUUCCCCGGCAGUUCGAUGCGUGUAACCUCGGGAGGUGGUGUACCGUUUGACCAGCGCGAGCGUGCUGCAGCUGGCGAGGCAGUGCAGACAACUGAUCCUACCAACCUUCUCGGCAACCUCACAGGUGACCAAGUUGGACCUACUGAAAUGGAGUUCAACGUACAAUUGCCAAGCUGCUCUUCAAACCGUGAAAGGGAAAGAGCGACCAGGUUACACUUUGACACCACCUACCAAAACAUCCAGGUGCAUCAUUGGAUCAAGAUCGUGAUGCGCCUCUCAAAGCCCGACACGGAAAAUCCAGGCAAGCGUAGACAUUUCGAAAUCUCCAUCGACUCACCCUUCCACAUCCUCUCGUGCCGUGCAACGCAAGCAAAUACAUCGCUGCCCGCAUACACCAGCCCAGAGUCUGCGAGCAACGGCAGCGCGCUAUACGAAUGUGGCUGCCCCAACGCACUUCGCCGUCGCAACUCUCCCACCUCAUAUGUGCCCACACUCAAUGCAUUGAACGGCAUGAGAGAAACAACGAUACCACCCACAAUCACCGCUCCUAGUCUGGCUCGCCCACAAGCCGCUCAUCUGACCGGCGCAGUUCCUCAUAACCAAAUGGACCGUCCCAUCCAUCUCUUGCGCGCGCCCUCAUUCAAUCCCCCGGCCUUCGAAGACGAAGAACCCCCACCACCGCUCAUUACUCCUCCUCCUCAGUACGACAGUAUCGCGAGUCCGACAUCUGGACUGGCAGAUUACUUUGCUCGUUUGUCAGAUGCAUACGAUGACGACGAAGACAGCGAUGACCCCAGCAGCAGUCGCGGUCGCGUCGAUGUACCUCUAACGCCUGGCGCCCGAGUCAACAGGAGUAUGGAUGUUUCCAGGAGUUGGAUACCUCUGGGUGCCCAACUCCAUGGUUGA